ACCUUAUGGGGUGUGUAUAGACUACCUUUUAGCGUCUUCUAAAUUGUGCGUACAAAAUGUUGCUGGUACGUAUGUAUGUGCAACGAUUUUGAGUUCUCGUUUUUAUACAAAAUAAUGAUUUUUCAAUCAUUAUAUUUACUGAAAUUUGUUUAUUUUAUUACCUUUUAUUAUUUACUGCUAAAAAAUAAUCUUUAUGAAAUGCGAAUAAUAAUUUAAUAGAAUUGCUAUGUACCCUACUAUAGUGGACGGUAGUAUAGCGCCUCCAUUAAGCCAUAUAAGGAGCAUAUAGUGUUACCAUAAAAGGCUAUCUAAUUUUCUGUUUGCCAUACCCGGUCAACACGUGUUUCGUUCUUCCAUUUCUGGUAUUCGUAUCUUUGACAACAGCUUGUGAUCUUGCCGCAGAUGGCAGAGCCUAUGGAAUUUGAUCGCACUAGUCCGGAAAUGGUUCGAGCGGGCGGUAAUACGGGCUACCCAAACAAGAAACACUGCACGUCACCUCGGAAAGGCAGCACAAAGACAAACAAGGACAAGAAGAUGGACAAGACCAUUUACCGCGAACAGUCAGAUGGGAUGCAGCAGCAGCAACAGCAGCAACAACAACCACCGCCUCCCCAACAUCGCCAACAUCUGGAACCUAUGAAUAUUCCUCUAGGUCAGGGUGUUCCCCCUGCCUCUGGAAUGCCACCACAUCACCUGGGACCCGAACAUCACGUACAGCAAGCCUCUCGGGCCAGACAUCGAUCAGUUAACAGCCCGUCCGGGGAAUCGGCAGCGGAUAAGAAAACGCGGGGCAGAGUCCGGAUCAGGAUGGAGUUCAUCUCGAACAAACUUCGGAGGUACACGACUUUCAGCAAGAGGAAAACUGGGAUCAUGAAAAAGGCGUACGAGUUAAGCACCCUAACUGGAACACAAGUAAUGUUGCUAGUCGCUUCGGAGACUGGUCACGUGUACACCUUCGCUACUCCUAAACUACAACCCAUGAUCACUUCAGAGACGGGAAAAGCACUGAUACAGACCUGUCUGAACUCGCCAGAUCCUCCCCCUCCCAACCGUAAUCCCGAUGAGAGGAUGUCUCAGACUGGGUACGAGGAGACGGAACUUGCGUACCCUGUCAACCCUGAUGAAGUGGAACCUGAAAAGGUUCCUGGUGGAGAUGAGAGACACAUGUACAACAACUCAAACGAUCCCAACCUUAACUCUGGUUCUCCCCCUCACUCAUUUACUGGAUUACCUAUGCCCCACGGUUCAUUCCCAAUGAACAUGAGCUUCAUCCCUGCGACCACGAAAGGGGAUUCAAAUAACAACAUAUCAGCACAAGGUUACACGGUUCAACCUCCCCUCUCCCAACAACAGCUCGGUAACUUCGGAGCCAUCUUCCCACCUCACACUUCCUACUCGACCUCACCUCAAAACAUGCCUGGUACCAUGAGUCACGCAAUGUCAAAUCACAUGGUCCGCAUGCCGGGCAGUCUCAGUCCUUCUCAUAGCAUAGAUAUAGGUAAUAUGGUGACAUUACAAAGAAACCCAGUCAGCACACAGCCGAGCGUUUCAGAAAGUCCAGCUUUUUACUCUAACUCUCCCAGGUCACGUGAUGAAAAUGACAGCAAACACGACAUAAAACAGCACGAAAGUGAUGGUGAAACGCGCGACAGUUGCUAGGCAACGGCUCCUUUUUUGAUUUCCUUAAAAAAGGAGAGAUUUAUUUUAUCAUGGUAUAACACAGAAAGGGGUACCUUCAAGAAGCACACGAUAGAAUUCUGAUCACAUGAUCAUCUCAGAAAUGUUAGUCAAGGACUGCGAAUGAUUUGUUGUGUAAUAUUAAGAUGGAGGUCACGUGACUGUUUGAUUAUAUUUGAAGAGUGUUAUUAUUAUCUGCUCACUGGAUUUCAGUUGACUUGAAAACUUUGCGGUCCAUGGCUCCGUUUGGUGCCGUGCAGUGUGUAUUUUUGUUCUUUUUUCCCGCGUUUUUUCUGAAAAGUGAACACUUGCUUUUUGAUUUUUAUAUUUGUGAUAAUCUGUUUAUAAAUCUCAAAAUGCUUAUGAUUAUCUUUUAACGACAUUUUCCCGCUGAAAUUUAGCUAAAACGGAAAUUGUUUCAUUUUGCAAAUGGUUGGAAGAAGUGGGCAUGUGUUUUGCUAGAAUGAUAUUGUUGAACAGAUUUUGAGAAGUGAGCGCUAUCGAUCUCAUUCACAUAUAACGUAAUCACUGAGGGGGAGGGAGGGGGUUUACAGAUGAUUACUCUAUAAGCGCAAUUUUAACUGAUUACGGAGGGAGAAGGGGAGGAGGGGUGUUAAAAGUUGGCCAUAAAGUGAUAAUGAAAUAUGUGAACGACCCCUUAUAGCCCACAGUACUAUUCUUAAUUAAUCUUUUUUGGUUUUAAUUUUCGAUCUGUAAAUCAACAGUCAUUUCGUUUGUAUUCGUACAUUUAGUUCAAUAUCUAAUAGGAGAUUUAUGAAUUGCUUCACAGACAGAAUUUCAAGUACUUAAAGGUUUUUCACCUGAAUAUUUUGGCAUUUUAAUAAAAUGUGCCUGCUGUUUUCUAAUUAAUUAUUGGGAUGAAGAUGGGUGAAAGUGAAUUCCGACCUCUUUUACCUAAGUCAUUUUAAAAGGGUAAUUUAUUGUAAUUUAUUGUAUGUGUUUCACAUAUGAGUCGAUCAGCGGUUUCGUUUUGAUCAAAGCUACAUUUUUAUUAUUGUCCCUG